CUCAGGCUGCCCAUAUUAAGGCCUGUGUUGGCCCGUCCCGCCAGACCCCUUCCCUCGUCCUGUUAUCCACCCACAUCCGUUGUUACCGUUGUUCCUGCGCAUCAUAUCGCAUCGCACUGCAUAACACCGGACACUUCACCGCGCAUAUCGAUCCAUAACUGCCCGUCGGCCCCACGAGGAGCACAGCACAGCUCGCCGUCGCACAUACUCCGCGCAGCUAUAAGCCAUUCAAUUCAUAUCUCCUAUACAUACCCGCGACACACAGGCCUUCACCUCGCCCCGGCCCGCGCGCGCAAUCCGCGACCGUCACCGCCCGGCCGCAGCCGGCGCACAAACCACCAUCACAAUCAUAACCUCAACCACGACGACAAUGCUCCUCCCUGCGCUCUGCCCGCCCCCUCGCCGCGCCCCGCUCCCACCUUCUCUCUUCGCUUCCCCGCCCGCCUCCCCCUCGCAACAGACCACGUCCUCGCACUCCGCCCUCCUCGCCACAUGUCGCGCCCUCCAGAGCAUGCUCGCCUCGCCGCAGCCUCAGACGCAGCUUCCAACCCCGCCGAUGCGACACGUUCCGCUGCCGUCGCCGAUGAAGCUGCGUCUGCGGUCGUCCACGUCGCGGCCGUCGUCGAGUGAUGCUAGCGCUGCGGCAGUUGCUGAGGCGCCGCUGCCGGUGAAACCGAUACCGAGGAAGAGGAUAGUGAAGCGUGCGUCGCCGAGGGGGGCGGGGAAGAGGCGAAGGGGAGUGGUAGAGGAGGACGAGGAGGAGGAAGGGCCGAGGACGCCGAAGAGGAGUAGAGGCGUGCCGGAGAUGAUGCCGUUGGGGCUUGUGAGGAGGGAUUUUGAGAGGUUACAUGAUGCGCAUCAGUAUCGAAGUGAGGAGGCGGAUGCGCUGGGGAUAGUGGGAGGCCCGGUGGGGGAGACGUCCGAGGUGGUGGAUGAGGGUGAGGGGGAUGAAGGGGAAUGGACGGAUGAGGAGGAUAGGGUGCUUGUUGAACUUGUGUUGCAGAAGUUGAAGCUUAGUCGGAGAGAGUGGAUGGACUGUGCGAAGAUGGUUGGGAGGGAUAGGCGGAGUGUGGGGAGGAGGUGGAGCAGUCUUGUUGGGGGAGGGGAAGUGGGGUUGAAGAGGAGGGGGAGGGAGAGGGGUGAGUUGCCUGGGACGUGGCGGUAGAGUGCUAGGCUUGUAAUCGAUAGGUCGGGUUUGGGGUUUGGGGUGUUACAUUGGAUAUCCCGUCUAAGGACGACGAAUGCUAUUUGGGUUAUAUAUAUAUUUAUCUAGUCACGGAUCACUUCCAUCAAUCAUAACUUUGGUUCUCUUCGC